AUGGAGGGUGCCAAGAGUUGCGUAUCCCUUAUGAUGGCUAACAAACCAUUAUCUCUGAAGCAUGGUGAUAUUUUGGCCAAUCCUGAGCUUUACAGAAGUACUGUUGGUGCUCUACAGUACCUCACUAUAACACGACCAGACAUUUCUUUUGCAGUAAACAAGUUGAGUCAAUUUGUUAGAGCACCAACAUUAGCACAUUGGGAAAGCUGCAAAAGAUUGCUAAGAUAUUUGAAUGAUACAAUUUGUCAUGGUUUAAAGAUCCAAGCUUCAUCAAAAUUAUGCGUUCACGCCUUUGCAUAUUCGGAUUGGGCCAGUGAUAAAGAUGACAGGAGGUUAACCAGUGGCUAUUCAAUUUUUCUGGGUUUAAAUCUCAUUUCUUGGUGCUCAAAAAAGCAAGCUGUUGUGGCUAAAUCUAGUAUAGAAGCAGAGUAUCGAUCUAUUGCUCAUGUUACUAUAGAAUUAUGCUGGUUGAGAAAUCUAGCCUCUAAGUUGACGUUAUAA